AUGCCUUUCGUCCAAGCCAACACCCACCGUCUCAACUACGCCGACUCCCACCCGGACGGCGCCCCGACAAACGGCCACACCUUCGUCUUCAUCCACGGGCUGGGCUCCUCACAGAAUUACUACUACCCCGUGACUCCGCGUCUCUCAGAGAAGCACCGCUGCAUCACCCUCGACACAUACGGCGCCGCCCGCUCACCAUACACCAAUGAUGCCAUCUCAAUUCCCAGCAUCGCAGACGAUGUCAUUAGCGUGUUGGACGCGAUGAAAGUCCCCAAGGCGAUUGCCGUCGGGCACUCGAUGGGCGGGCUCGUGGUGACCGAGCUUGGAUCGCGGUAUGCCGAUCGUGUCCAAGGUAUCGUCGCCAUUGGGCCGACACAUCCUUCGGAGAUGCUGGUGACGGUGAUGGGCAAGCGAGCCGAGACGGUUCUGGACGCUGGCAUGGAGCCAAUGGCGAAUACUAUUCCUUUCGCGGCCGUCGGCUCCCGCAGCACCGCGCUUCAAAAGGCGUUCAUUCGGGAGCUGGUCUCGGGGCAGGACCCCAAGGGAUAUGCGGCGCUUUGUCGCGCGAUUGCGUCUGCGAGGCCGUCUGAUUAUGCGGCGAUUACGGCACCGUUCCUGCUUAUUGCGGGUGAGGAGGAUAAGUCGGCGUCUAUGGAGGGAUGUCAGCAUAUCUUCGCUCAUGUUUCUAGCCAGAGUAAGUCGCUUGAGGUGUUGAAGGGUGUCGGUCAUUGGCAUUGUAUUGAGGCUGGGGAUGAGGUUGGCGAGUUGAUUGCCAAGUUUGCGGCGGGAAUUUCUGUUUAA